CAACAAACACUUGCAUGGUUUCUACGGGCCUCUUGGCACGCAGUCCCGACAGGAAGCUGAGGGUGGCGUGGGGCGCUCAUGUGCGGAAUGCGGCACCACCAGUACCUACGCUUGGCGGGGCCACAAGCAGCGCCCUGGGCUCAUGGUCUGCAAUGCCUGCCAUCUGCGCUACAAGAGGGCAGGCACCUAUGCUCGCAACAGGGACGGCUCCCCCAGACCCAACGUGCAGCAGGACGCAGCCGCAGCUAAACCCGCCGGCGGCAUCACACCUGGGACCUCCGCAGCAGGAGCAGCGCUACCAAAGGGGGACCUGGCUGCUGACGCUCCCGUCCGACCUCC